CAGCGUAAAGAGCCCGACACGAAGAGAGGCGAGGAGGUGGAGCAACAAGCCAACAAGUCGUGGUCGCCUUCUCAUUCUUCUCCCCCCUCCUAAGGAAGAAGACCGACGCUUCCACGCCCUUCCCCUCUCCCUUCCUCCCCCGUCUCUUCUUCUAGGUCUGAAAACUCCGACUGCCUCUACCGGCCCUCCGCCUCUCCGCACUGGUAAGGCGAGGCGAUCGAUCGACCGAUCGCCGGUUGAUUUGCCUCCAGUCCACAGGUCAGGAAUCGCUCCUUAUUCGGAUAGGGCAAGGAGAUCCAGUGAUAGAGCGCUGCGAUGAGGCCCAUGGAGACUCUGCAGGAUCUGAUCGAGGAGGCCAAGGUUCGCACCGUCUGCUGGGGCAUCUGCGUCUUCGCCAUCUCCUACUUCUUGACCCACACUAGCAAAUCUAUGUGGACAAAUAUCCCCUUAUCUUUUCUCAUUCUAGCAACCUUACGUUUUCUCUCAUAUGAGGUUGAGCUCCGUUGGAGGGUGCGGCCAAUUCCUAAGCCAACAUAUUUAUCUCAUUUGGAAAAGAAGCAGUUACAACUUGAUGAUUCUCAUCUUUCUACCGUAGUUACCCCUUCAAGAUGGAAGAAGAAAAUUGAUUCGCCUCUUAUUGAUAGUGCCAUUGAUGAGUUUAUUAGCAAAAUUCUACAGGAUUUUGUCAUAGAUCUCUGGUAUUCAUCUAUAACUCCUGAUAAAGAGGCUCCGGAGUUAAUACGCUCUUUAAUACUUGAUGUUCUAGGUGAAAUAUCUGGAAGACUUAAAGAGAUGAACCUUGUUGACUUGUUAACUAGGGAUCUUGUUGACUUAAUAGGGAACCAACUCGAUCUCUACAGGAAAAAGCAGUCUGAGAUAGGUGUGAAUGUUAUGAUAACUCUUUCUUCAGAGGAAAGGGAUGAAAAGUUAAAGCAUCAUCUAAUGGCGUCCAAUGAACUUCACCCUGCUUUAUUUUCACCAGAGAGUGAAUACAAGGUAAUUCAACGCAUUAUUGGAGGAGUUUUAGCUAUAUCCUUGAAUCCACAAGAAGCUCAAUGUCCAUUGGUCUCUUGUUUCAGUCGGGAGUUGUUGACCUGUUUGGUCGUGCAACCUAUUUUGAAGUUUGCCAGCCCUGGGUAUAUCAAUGAAUUAAUUGAAUACAUGUUUCUUAACAAUACUGAUAGCAGUAAUAUGGUGGUCAAAUCUGAUAGUUCGAAUAAGGAUUCAGGACAGAAUACUCAAGAUGGUAAAUCAGAGCCAAGGAAAACGUCAACCAACUUCUCCUCUCACUCGGCAUUAGUUCACAGUGGUGGUGAAAAAUCAACAGAGGUUUCUCUUCAGGGUACCCAAAAAAAUUCUGUCCAUUUACCAUCUCGUCCUGCAGAUUGGGCUGUGGCACUGGAGGCUACUACAAAGAGGAGAACUGAAGUUCUUGCUCCUGAGAAUCUGGAUAACAUGUGGACUAAAGGCAGAAACUAUCAAAAGAAAACUGCCAACCUAAUAAAAGCAGGGACAUUACUGGGAUCUGUAAAUGCUACUUCAGGAUUGGUAACUCCUACUCCCCAAGCAGGAAGUCCAGGGAAAGAAUUAGUGGCCAACAUGAGUGAUAGUAUCAAAGGUAUAGACGAGAACUAUAUGGUUCACUUAAUGCAUGGAAUAGCAAAAAAUGAGUGUCAUAUUUCCUAUGAUCCAGAGAAGAAGCAAUGCAUGGAGAUGUCCCUCAGUUGUCAGAAUGAGACAAAUACUGGCAAAUUGGUUACUAGUAAUAAGAUUCAACUUAAACGGUCAAGCAGUACAUCUGAUAUGGAUACAAAUUUUCUAAACAGAAAAGGUGAGAGUAAUAGUUCCAAGGAGAACCAUCGGCAAGAUAGUGCUAAACUUACAGAUGAGGAAAGUGCUAGAGUGGUUCCCCACAUGGAAGGAUACCCGCAUACUCCUAAAAUUAAAUGCCGGGUUGUUGGGGCAUAUUUUGAAAAGAUUGGUUCAAAAUCCUUUGCAGUUUAUUCAAUUGCUGUAACUGAUACUGAUGGCAAGACAUGGUUUGUGAAGAGAAGAUAUCGUAAUUUUGAGCGGCUGCACCGCCAACUCAAGGAUAUACCUAAUUAUUCAUUACAUUUACCUCCAAAACGGUUUCUUUCAUCCAGUAUUGAUGAUUAUUUUGUGCACCAACGUUGCAUCCUUCUUGACAAAUAUUUGCAAGAUCUACUUUCAAUUGCUAAUGUUGCGGAGCGACAUGAAGUUUGGGAUUUUUUAAGUGUUUCUUCCAAGAAUUACUCUUAUGGAAAAUCUUCAUCAGUGAUGAAAAAUUUGGCGGUCAAUGUGGAUGAUGCAAUGGAUGAUAUAGUUCGCCAGUUCAAAGGGGUUUCUGAUGGUCUCAUGCGAAAAGUUGUUGGCCCACCAUCAUCUUAUGUAGUUUCUCCCUCACUAGAUGACAAGAGCUUGUCAUUGACCUGGAGUCAAGAAGACAUGAGUAAGCAAAUGCCUAGAUUUAGAAGUAUGGAAACAUCACAUAGCUUGUCUGAGGACGAGGGACAUGAUGAUGAUACUGUAACAAAUAGUGGAUGGCAUUCAGAUAACGAAUUGAGCUCCAAAAGCUUUCCUCCUCGUGUUAUCAAGCGCACAAAAGUUCAUUCAAGUAUAGAAUAUCAUCAGGGCCAAGGCUCAGAGAAGUUUGACAGGAUUGGCUCAGAUACUUUGAAAACCUUACUACCUGCCAAUUCUUUUGAAGAUCCAGUUGGAAUGCCAUCUGAGUGGACACCACCAAAUGUUAGUGUGCCGAUAUUGAAUUUGGUUGACAAAAUAUUUCAGCUAAAUAGAAGAGGUUGGCUAAGGAGACAAGCGUACUGGAUGUCAAAACAAAUUUUGCAAUUGAUAAUGGAAGAUGCAAUUGAUGAUUGGAUUUUGAGACAAAUCCAUUGGCUAAGGAGGGAUAAUGUUAUUGCUCAAGGAAUUCGAUGGGUUCAAGAUAUUCUCUGGCCUAAUGGUACAUUCAUAAUCAAGUUGGGGAGCAGACAAGAGGUGGAUGAUUUUGAGCUUGAUCAGAAACCUUCUCAGGGUAAAAGUAAGAUGAGUGGUGGUAAGGCCAAUAGCUCAAGCUCUUUUCAGGCCCAGCUUGAGGCAGCUCGCAGGGCUGAUGAUAUUAAGAAAAUGCUACUUGGCGGAGCUCCAACUGCAUUGGUCAGCUUGAUCGGAUCAAACCAAUAUCGACGAUGUGCUAGGGAUAUCUACUAUUUUCUGCAGUCCACCAUAUGCAUUAAGCAGCUCGCGUACAGUAUCUUUGAAAUGGUAAUCGUUUCAGUCUUUCCAGAAUUACGCGAACUGCUGAUUGAUAUACACGAGACUGCACGCAAGCAGUCCUUUUGAUUAUGGUUCAAAAUUUCACCUAGUUGCCUCGGCCCUCAAUUCGUUCAAUCCGACAAAUCGUUAGCAGGAUUGCAGAUUAUAUAAUUUAAUACCAGUUGACCUUUUUUUGGCGUGUCAACGUUCUCUAUGAGUCGAAAGAUGAAUCAGAAAGGAAGGUGGGUGGAUACUAGAGUUCUGUACAUGUCCCUGAGCCACAUGAACUUGAUCCUAGCAGAUAAGAAGCUGUAUAUGUAGGAAAAACUUCGUUGUCCCUUUUGUAAAGUCUUCAGACUCAGUUUGUAAAGUUAUUCCUUAAUCCUUUCCAACUGGGUUUUCUCACACUCUACUAAGAAGUUUCAUUUUCUUAACGUUUUGGGAUGUAUUUAUAGGCUUUAAGUUGAAUAUCGACCAUUUUUCAGCCAUUAAUGAAAUGAAUAUGAUAAAGAGGAGUUUUAGGGCAA